AUGUCGCAUAUGCAAAACCGCGAUCACAGCGAGCAGCCCACUGAGCAAGUCGCUCAUUCUUCUUCUUCCAAUUCAGCUGCUGGUUCACAAGCUGUUCCCGCUCGCUCUGCUGGCGAUCAAAUGGAUCGUAAUUCCCCAGAGAAAGUCACUCUGUUCACUGCCGAUGAAAGUCUUUCCGAGCAAGUUGCUUCGCCCACUCCUGAAAAUGCAGUCCAAUCGAGAACCAAUUACCCAGUUCAGAACUGCGCGAUCCAAAAUGCUGUCGAGGUUGAGGAAGUCGUCGUCCUCCCCUCAAUUGAGUCAAGCAAGGAGAACUCCCAGCUCAAGAGGCAAUGCGAUGCUAUUGCCAAGCACGAACAGUCCAAGGGCAAAGGCAAAGGCAAACCUGGCACAUGA